CUGGUCGGCGCGCGUUGGGGUGUUGGCGUUGCUUGUGUUAUUUAGGUAAUUAUGGAUGUAUAGGUGACGGUGGCAUCUAGUUAUUAUCAGGCUGGUCAGCUUUUGAAAAUAUCCGUAUAUCUCUGCCCACCAUUGUCAAGAUUUGGGUUACCGGGGUGAAUAUAUCCUGCGAUUGUUGCAGGCGCCCUCGAAUACAGCUGAAGUAAUUCAUUUUAAGUUUAAAGGUUGUGAAGUGAAGCAGACCAGACCAUGCAGACCAUCAAGUGUGUUGUGGUGGGUGAUGGAGCUGUGGGCAAGACAUGUCUGCUCAUCUCAUACACCACCAACAGAUUCCCCUCCGAGUAUGUGCCAACGGUGUUCGACAACUACGCGGUGACGGUGAUGAUCGGCGGCGAGCCGUACACGCUGGGCCUGUUCGACACGGCCGGCCAGGAGGACUACGACCGUCUGCGGCCGCUCUCCUACCCGCAGACGGACGUCUUCCUCGUCUGCUUUUCGGUCGUCUCUCCCUCCUCCUUCGAGAACGUCAAGGAGAAGUGGGUGCCGGAGAUCACUCACCACUGCGUCAAGACGCCGUUCCUGCUGGUCGGCACGCAGAUCGACCUGCGGGACGACGCGGCCACCAACGAGAAGCUGGCCAAGAACAAGCAGCGGCCCAUCUCGGCGGAGAACGGCGAGAAGCUGGCCCGCGAGCUGCGCGCCGUCAAAUACGUCGAGUGCUCGGCUCUGACGCAGAAGGGUUUGAAGAACGUUUUUGACGAGGCCAUACUGGCCGCUUUGGAACCGCCGGAGCCCGCCAAGAAAAAGCGCUGCGCACUCUUGUAACUGCACCCAAACGGAGGAUAUUUUUGAAAGGAGUCGUGCGUCACACCGGCGAGGCCUCGCCGCCGG